UUGUGCCCUCGGAGCGGGCGGCGGCGAGAUGGCGCGGACCGCGGCGGCCCCGGGGCGGCGGGCGGCGCUGAGGGCGGGCUGAGCGCAUGGAGCGGCGCGGACCGGGGGCCGCGGCGGCGAGGGACCGGGCCGGGCCGCUUGGAGCCAGAGCAUCUGAGUCCCACGUAAGCACCAGUGAGCGCUGCUUCCUGCCACCCACAGACCUGGCCUUCAGGCUGCUCCCAAGCCAAUGAACCCCAUGAACCCCAUGAAACCCGCCCUGCCCCCCGCGCCACACGGUGAUGGUCCAUUCGCUUAUGAGGCAGUGCCUUGGCAACAGAGUGCCACUCAGCCAGCAGGAUCGCUGUCCGUGGUCACAACCGUGUGGGGAGUCGGCAACGCGGCGCAGAGCCAGGUUUUGGGGAACCCUAUGGGCCCCACAGGGAGCCCCCCUGGCAGCUCCAUGAUGCCUGGCAUGGCAGGCGGCAGCUCUGCCCUGAACUCCCCGCAGUGCCUGGGACAGCAGGCGUUCGGUGAGGGCGGUGCCAACAAGGGCUACGUGCAGCAAGGGGUGUACGGCCGCGGGGGCUACCCCGGGGGCCCCGGCUUCACCACUGGGUAUGCGGGCGGCCCGGGGGGGCCGGGGGGCCUGGGCCUCCCCUCACACGCCGCACGGCCCUCCACUGACUUCACUCAAGCAGCGGCAGCUGCUGCUGUGGCUGCUGCCGCCGCCACAGCCACGGCCACGGCCACGGCCACCGUGGCUGCCCUCCAGGAGAAGCAGAGCCAGGAGCUGAGCCAGUACGGAGCGGUGAGGCCCCGCAGCUCCUCCUGUGCGGCCCGUAUGGGGGCCGGACAGUCUUUUAACAGCCAGUUCCUGCAGCACGGCGGUCCCCGGGGGCCCAGUGUCCCCAGCAGCAUGAACCCUGCCAGCGUGGGAGGACUGAUGGGCCCCUCCGGCAUGAGCCCCAUGGGCAUGAACCCCACCCGGGCAGCGGGCCUGGCGCCCCUGUAUGCGGGGCAGCGCCUGCCCCAGCACGGGUACCCUGGCCCCACCCAGGCCCAGCCCCUGCCCCGACAGGGCGUCAAGAGAGCCUACUCCAGUGAGGUGUAUCCCGGGCAGCAGUACCUGCCAGGAGGCCAGUACACGCCCGCCGCCACCCAGUAUGCGCCUGGCCCCGGGCAGCCCCCCGCCCCGUCCUCCUACCCUGGGCACAGGCUGCCCCUGCAGCAGGGCACGGGCCAGUCCCUGUCCACCCCCAGCCCCGCGGGACUGCACUACAAGCCCGCCCGUUCCAUCCCCGGCUAUCCCAGCUCCCCACUGCCAGGGAGCCCCACGCCGCCCAUGACCCCCGGCAGCAGCAUCCCCUACAUGUCCACCAGCCAGGAGGUCAAGUCGCCCUUCCUGCCCGACCUCAAGCCCAGCGUGAGCAGCUUGCACCCGUCACCACCCGGCAGCGGCCCCUGUGACGAGCUGCGGCUGACCUUCCCCGUGCGGGACGGAGUGGUCCUGGAGCCCUUCCGUCUACAGCACAACCUGGCCGUGAGCAAUCACGCCUUCCAGCUCCGUGACUCCGUCUACAAGACCCUGAUGCUGAGGCCGGACCUGGAGCUGCAGUUCAAGUGUUACCACCACGAGGACCGGCAGAUGAACACCAACUGGCCGGCCUCGGUGCAGGUCAGCGUCAACGCCACCCCGCUCACCAUAGAGCGUGGCGACAACAAGACCUCCCACAAGCCCCUCUACCUGAAGCACGUGUGCCAGCCGGGCCGUAACACCAUCCAGAUCACCGUCACGGCCUGCUGCUGCUCCCACCUCUUCGUGCUGCAGCUGGUGCACCGGCCGUCCGUCCGCUCGGUGCUGCAGGGUCUCCUCAAGAAGCGCCUCCUGCCUGCCGAACACUGCAUCACCAAAAUAAAGCGGAACUUCAGCAGCGGCACCAUCCCUGGCACCCCUGGGCCCAACGGAGAGGACGGGGUGGAGCAGACGGCCAUCAAGGUGUCUCUCAAGUGCCCCAUCACCUUCCGCAGGAUCCAGCUCCCUGCCCGAGGCCACGACUGUCGCCACAUUCAGUGCUUCGACCUGGAGUCCUAUUUACAGCUCAACUGUGAGCGAGGGACCUGGAGGUGCCCCGUGUGCAACAAGACGGCAUUGCUGGAGGGCCUGGAGGUGGACCAGUACAUGCUGGGCAUCCUUAUUUACAUUCAGAACUCUGACUACGAGGAGAUCACCAUCGACCCCGCGUGCAGCUGGAAGCCAGUGCCUGUGAAGCCCGACGUGCACAUCAAGGAGGAGCCGGACGGGCCGGCGCUGAAGCGCUGCCGCACUGUGAGCCCCGCCCAUGUGCUCAUGCCCAGCGUGAUGGAGAUGAUCGCUGCCCUGGGCCCUGGGGCCACGCCCUUCGCCCCCCUCCAGCCCCCCUCAGCCCCGGCCGCCGGCGAUUACCCCAGCCAGGGUUCCAGCUUCCUGGGACCCGGGACGUUCCCCGACUCCUUCCCACCCACCACGCCCAGCACCCCGACCCUUACUGAGUUCACCCCGGGGCCACCCCCUGUCUCCUAUCAAUCCGACAUUCCCAGCAGCCUCCUGACACCGGAGAAAUCUGCCCCUUGCCUCCCAGGCCAGAUGGCACCAGCGGGUCACCUGGACCCGGCCCAUAACCCUGGGCCUCCGGGGCUGCACGCCCCCAACCUUGGAGGCCCCCCAGGGCCCCAGCUGCACCAUCCAAACCCUCCCCCGGCAUCCCGGCAGCCCCUGGGCCCAGUGAAUUCGGGUCCCAUCGGUGAGCUGGCCUUCAGUGCUGCCACAGGCAUGAUGGGGCCCCCCGUGUCUGGGGCAGGGGAGGCCCCGGAACCGGCCCUGGACGUGAGUACUGGGCCCCGUGCUGGGGAGCACUUGGAGCCGGGGCUGGGGUGUGGCUUAUCUGUCAUCCCAGGGUCCACAUGCUUCAUAGAAGGGAGGACAGUGAUACCACCGUGACUGCCAGACGCAGGGAGAGCUGGUCGGGUGAUGUCAGCGCUUUUGUUUACGAGUGUGAGGUAUCCAGAGUAGCCGUGGGGUGAUUGUGUCCAGACAUCUGGCCCUGGGGACCUGGGUGCCACCGUGGCAUGGGCAGAGUCCCCGAGAAGACUUGGCUUGUAGCUGGUGACCCUGGCCUUAGGGUCUGAUUUGACCUGACUCACAGGUAGUAUGUGAGCCAGAAUCAGUGCCUGAAAGAGAGGUGACUGUCCCUUGACCAUGAUAAAUGAAUACAAAGUUCAAUGUGAAAAAAAUGUAGAAAUCACAGCUCAAAGCAGAAAAUCCCAGGGAGUGGGAUACCACCUUCUACAUUCGCCCUGUUCACGUUAGGGACCCCUCACGGUCCUGGGUGUCCCACGUUGUCCUUGGACAGCUUGUCACAAGUGAUUCCUGGUCACAGAGCAGUCUUUUGCUGGCAGAGCCCCUGUGCAGAGCAGGCUGAGGGCCUCCAGUGCCAGCCUGUGUCGAGGUGAGGGGUGCUCCGCAUCCCUGCUGGGCCUGGGGCCCCGGCUGGGGACCCAGGCCCAAAGCUGGUGGGUUUGCUUUGUCCUCAGCUGCUCCCAGAACUGACUAACCCUGACGAGCUGCUGUCCUACCUGGGCCCACCCGACCUCCCCACGAACAGCAACGACGACCUGCUCUCUCUCUUCGAGAACAACUGAUCCUGUCGACCACCUGGCUGACGGGGAUGUG